AUGAAGUUCAGCCAACUCGCUCCUGCUCUCCUUCCCUUGCUUGCUUCCCAGAGCAACGCUGAGGCGGGACCCUCGUACACCCUCAAGGCGGUGCAACCGGGGACUCCCUUCUACGGCCAGCCGAUCAACGCUCAUGCCGGUACCUUCUGGAUCGGAGAGCCCGGCGCCGCUGUCUGCGGACUGCCCCCGAUCCCAUGCCCGGACUUCGAGACCAAGGUCCUCGCAACGGGUGACCACCUGGACACCCUUGCUCCGGGCCAGUCCAUUUUCGUCCUCCCCAACGGCGCCUUGGCUUACACCCCGCCCGGCAGCCCAUUCCCGCCCAACGCCUUCACCAGUCCUCUCAAGGUGGUUCCCACCCCAUUCGGCCCUGCGUACACCUUCCUUGGAGGAGGCUUUUCCGCCUGCCCCACGCCUUACGGCUUCCAGGUCUAUGCGAUCAACUCUCCUGGCGGUCCUUUCGAGCUGGCCGAGGGCUGCAUUCCCUUCAACGCCCUCGCCGUUCCUCCGGCCAACCCUGUUCCCGUUGACCAAUACGUCUAA